GUGAUUAAUUCAGUAUGGCGGAGCUGUUGCCCGAAUGAUUUUUACAGUACCGACGGGUCCUAAAACCCUGCUCUGUGGAUGCUCUUGGAGACUGGCAGAAAACCAGCCAUUUGCACCCAAGGGUGCUCAAUUCAGCGUAACUAUUUGGUGGAAGGAAUCCUGCCACAACACACCACUGAGGUCUCCAGCUGUGGCUUGGUGUGAUGAAGCCUUAAGAAACAGUUACCCUCUGUCCCUCCUUGGCCUGGCGCGUCCACCUGGCAGCACCACCUUGGCUGGGAAGCACAUGGUGGUCACUACAGUCACCACAGAGGUGCACUGACACCCUCACAGCUCACCUCUCUUCCCCUGUCAAGUCUGCCUGGCAACAACGACCAUAACAAUGAGCUCUCACAGUCGAUCAGGUGGCUUGACCAGCAAUGAGCAGCCUCUGGAACCUUUUAAACCAGCUGCACUCAACCUUUUCGUGGACGUGAGCACGGCAGCACUGCCCAUGCAGGUGCCCCCCACCACCACAGCCAUCCUUCCCAUGGACCUGCGCAUAGUGGACCACCACCACCACCACCACCAGCAGCCCUCCUUCGGCCUGGUUCCCCAACCCCACCCUACACCGCCCACCUCCACAGCUUGUCCCGCGUCCUCCGAACCAGGCCGUGGGCCAGUCAUUAACCACCAGGAGCAGCAGCUACAGCAGGAGCUGGUAGUUCUCAAACACAAGCAGCAACUCCAGAGACAGCUACUGAUUGCUGAGUUCCAGAGGCAGCAUGAACAGCUGUCGCGACAACAUGAAGUCCAGCUGCAGGAACAUAUGAAGCACCAGCAGGAUUUACUGGCGCUCAAGCACCAACAGGAGCUGUUGGAGCACCAGAGGAAGAUGGAGCAGCAGCGUCAUGAGCAGGAGCUAGAGAAGCAGCAGCGGGAAUACAAACUCCAACAGCUCAAAAACAAAGACAGGGGACAGGAGAGUGCAAUUGCCAGUACAGAGGUUAAGAUGCGACUUCAGGAGUUUGUCCUGAACAAGAAGAAAGCCCUGGCUCAGCGAAAUCUAAACCACUGUCUGCCCACCGACCCGCGCUUUUGGUAUGGAAAAACCCAGCACAGCUCUCUGGACCAGAGCUCUCCUCCCCAAACAGCAUUGUCAGCGUACAACCACCCAAUGCUGGGCACAUACGACUCAAAAGACGACUUCCCUCUCCGCAAAACAGCCUCUGAGCCCAACUUGAAGCUUCGUUCCCGGCUAAAACAGAAGGUGACAGAGCGCCGCAGUAGCCCUCUGCUCCGAAGGAAAGAUGGUCCCAUCACUACUGCCAAGAAGCGUUCCCUAGACGUGGCUGAGUCUGCAUGCAACAGUGCACCAGGCUCAGGUCCCAGCUCCCCCAACAACAGCUCCAGUAACAUCCCCAGUGAGAACGGGGUCACCAUUUCCAGCAGCCCAGGAGAGGCCUCCCUGCUUCAGAGGUUGGCUGCAAGGGAAGGUUCAGUUAGCCAGCUCUCUCUCUACACCUCCCCUUCUCUUCCCAACAUCACCCUGGGACUACCAGCCACAUGUCCUGCUAGCACUGUGGUAUCAGGACACCAAGAUGGUGAAAGUCGUCUGGCAUUGCCUGCGUUACAGCAGGGCAUUCCUCUGACCCCUCAAUUUCUGCCCACUGCCCACCUGCCCUCCUACUUGGCAGCUUCAGCUCUGGACAGGGAGGGGGCGGGAGGGGGCACGGCUGGUCACAACCCCCUUCUCCAACACAUGGUACUGCUGGAGCAGAGCCACAAUCCAAUGGUUGGUCUGGGUGGCCUCCCAAUUCCAUCACCCUCUGUCUCCAAACUUGCGCGAGGCCACCGUCCCCUGGGAAGAACCCAGUCAGCCCCUCUGCCCCAGCAGCAGUGUGGACAGGCCCAGGCCCUGCAGCAGCUGGUAGUCCAGCAACAGCACCAGCAGUUCCUGGAGAAACACAAACAACAGUUCCAACAGCAGCAGCAGCAGCACAUCAUCAACAAGAUCAUGUCCAAGCCCAGUGAUCAGGUCUCAGCUGCAAGCUCCAGUGCCUCAGGGCCGGCCAGGCAGCACCAGAGUCACCCAGAGGAGACGGAAGAGGAACUCAGGGAGCACCAGGGGCUCUCCUCAUCCUCAUCCUCAUCUUCUACGUCUGUGCACGAGACGGGGCCUCUGCGAGCGUUGGUCAUCAAACAGGAGCCCGCAGACCCUCAAGAGCAGGACGAGAGGGAGCAGAGGGAGAGACAGGUCGAGCAGGACUUCCUGUUCCGACAGCAGGCUCUGCUGUUAGAGCAGCAGCGGAUUCACCAGUUGAGGAACUACCAAGCCUCCAUGGAAGCAGCUGGGUUGUCAGUCAGUUUUGCUGGGCACCGCCCCCUCUCCAGGGCUCAGUCAUCUCCAGCCUCCGCCUCCUUCCCCAUGGUAGUACAGGAGCCGCCUGCCAAGCCUCGAUUUACCACAGGUCUGGUGUAUGACUCUUUGAUGCAGAAGCACCAGUGUAUGUGUGGCAACACCACCAGUCAUCCAGAGCACGCUGGCCGCAUCCAGAGUAUCUGGUCCCGCCUACAGGAAACAGGCCUCAGGGCGCACUGCGAGUGUAUCCGUGGCAGGAAGGCCUCACUGGAGGAGUUACAGACGGUCCACUCUGAAGCCCACGUCCUGCUGUACGGAACCAACCCACUGCGGCAGAAACUAGACUGUUCAGUGAGUCCCAUGUUUGUGAGGCUACCAUGUGGAGGCAUAGGGGUGGACAGCGACACCAUUUGGAAUGAGGUCCAUUCAUCCAGUGCAGCUCGUCUGGCUGUCGGCUCGGUGGUGGAGCUGGUCUUCAAAGUAGCAUCGGGAGAACUGAAGAAUGGUUUUGCUGUAGUUCGACCACCUGGACACCACGCUGAGGAGAGCACGCCUAUGGGGUUCUGUUACUUUAACUCAGUCGCCAUAGCAGCCAAGCUCCUGCAGCAGAGGCUCAAUGUCAGUAAAAUACUCAUCGUGGACUGGGAUGUUCACCAUGGUAAUGGCACCCAGCAGGCCUUCUACACAGACCCCAGUGUUCUCUACCUGUCACUGCAUCGCUACGAUGAUGGGAACUUCUUCCCUGGCAGUGGAGCACCUGAUGAGGUGGGCAGUGGAGCAGGUGUAGGCUUCAACGUGAAUAUGGCCUUUACUGGAGGACUGGAACCUCCCAUGGGUGAUGCAGAGUACCUGGCUGCAUUUAGGACGGUGGUUAUGCCUAUUGCCAACGAGUUUGCCCCAGACGUGGUUCUGGUAUCUUCAGGCUUUGAUGCGGUAGACGGACAUGCUCCACCCCUGGGAGGAUACAAACUGACAGCCAAAUGCUUUGGCUACCUGACCAGGCAGCUGAUGGGUCUGGCAGGCGGUCGGUUGGUGCUUGCCCUGGAGGGGGGUCAUGACCUCACAGCCAUAUGUGAUGCCUCCGAAGCCUGUGUCUCUGCUCUGCUUGGCAAUGAGUUGGACCCCAUUCCUGACGAGGUACUGCAGCAGAGACCGAAUGCCAAUUCUGUCCACUCUAUGGAGAAAGUUCUUGAAACUCACAGUAAAUACUGGCGCUCACUACAACGCUCCGUUUCCACACUUGGUUGCUCGCUGAGUGAAGCCCUUCGGCACGACGCAGAAGAAGCUGAGACUGUCUCCGCUAUGGCCUCAUUGUCUGUCGCCAAUAAGCACAUUGGAAAGAGGGCUGAAGAGGAACCAAUGGAAGAGGAAGCUCCUAUGUAAAGAAUCAUUCCUAGCCUUUGACCACUCAGACCAGACUUCAUCUUUUGACAGUGUCAUCCAGUCAGUGUCAAUUUGAAUGCCACUCCUAUGUCUCACCCCUGCCAUAUCAAGCUGGCACCUUAUUAUGGGAGAGAACAAGCAGAGCUGACAAAAGUGGCGCUCAAAGGAAAACGGAACACUGAAGAUGAGCGAUGCAUUCACUGACCAGCAGUGCACAGACUGAUAAGCAUAAAUGUGUUGAAUUGUCUCUUCAAGACCUUGGAUAUAAGAAGAUUGACUCAACCAUCCCACAAUGACAGCCUCGAGUGCCAGUGCUUUUAAAACACUAGACAAGAUGCACUUUUUGAAUGCCAGUUGGAACCAUACACAGACGAUCUAUAGUCAUCUUCUUUUCUUAUUAUUCUGUGCUUUGUCUUCAUCUUCUCACUUUCAUCAAAAUCCACCAGAGAUAAUGUGAUUGUGACUGCACUAUGGAUGAAUCUGCUCUUUUAAGAUAUCCGAAUAUAUAGAACAAAGUGGUCGAAUUUCAUGCCGUUUUCCAAGGUGGUUGAAGAGAUGAAAAAGGUCAGCAGGUGUUCUGAUUCCAAAAUGGUUGACAGUGAAAGACUGUGCGUUUGUGCCUUUUUUUCAAUCCUGGUGGAUUUUCUGUUGAACUCUACUGAAAGAGCUUUGCCUUAAAAAAAAAAAAACGGUUUGGGAACGAGGCCUCUUCUCCCCAACCGCUUAAGCAUUUCUAUCCUGGCAAGACAUCCAAUGCCUGCAUGUUGUUGGCACAUAGACUGGUGGACCUUGGCAUGUUAACCUAUAAUUCAGCCUACUGUCUCUCCCUGCGUGCCCCCCCCCCCCCCCCCCAUUGUUAAUAAUCUCGGUUUAGAAGGUAGUUCCCAGCCACAAGUUGGAGGUGGUUCAUUUUUACUUACUUUGCAGUAUUACUUAGUGUAACCAUGUAUCAGAUACAGUCCUGCAGCCAGAGGACACCAUAGGCAUCUGUUGGGGGGGCUUUCUGCAGCACCCUCAGCACCUCUCCCUCCUGCGGCUGUCUGAGGGCGACGUGUCUGUGUGAAAUCUGCUCAGGACCAGCUGGGCCUUACGUGCAUGGCACAUCGAUCAAGAGUGGUCGGUGAAAACUGCCCCCCCCCCUUGGCGACUGCCCCGAUCAGAUAGGCAUUAGCUCUCCUCAAGAGAAGAGCUAAGUAGCAUGCACUGUGCUAGAACACUAUGACUUCUGAAAACUAGAAUCCUAUUCAUACUGUAUGUAGUAGUUAGACAAUAACGAAGCCAAAGCAUGAUGGACUUUCAUCUCUGUAGAGUCAAACCACUGCGUAUAAUAACGGAUAGAGAGAAAUGAAUGACAGAGAGAAAUUGAUCUCAUAUGGGCCAAUUUGUUGAACCAGCCCUCUUUUAAAGACAACUGUGUCUCCGUGGUAACAAUGACCAUACCACCUGGGAUUGGGUGUUCCUGGGCCGCACAGGUUCUCACAGCUGGUUUAACAUCUUUAGUCUUGUUAGGCACAUCUGCUCCCCAAAUGUCAGGUGCUGUGAGGCAGGUGUGUGUACGUCUGUUCAUAGACAGUGAAACACAAGCUGCUCUUUAUAAAUAUUCAAGUGUAUACACAUUUUUAUAGUUGUUUUUCUUUAUUAAUCGUCCUUUUCUCUUGACCAGUGAAACGGCCAACUGGCUAUGAGAGCCCAACCCUACUAGCCAGACUAUACAACACACCAGCCACCAGCCUAGUUGUAGUAAAAUUUGGUUGUCCAUUUUGGCAGGUAAAACACCAUAAUCACAAGGUCUUUCCUUUUAAAAAAAUGUACAUGUCUGAUAAAAUAGUCACAGUGCGUGGAAAUUAACUUCCUGUCUGUAACCAUCCUUCCAACUUGUGUUCAGCCCCUAGGCAACUACCUUCUCUCACCUUUGUUUGAUCUACAAGCUAAUCACAUUUAAUGUAUUUUUUCAGGAAACAGAGUGCUGUGGUGUUUGCUGUACAUAGGACAUAGAUUUCCUGAGUAUUCCUGCCACACAUUUGUCUUUGACUACUUUUGUUCAUUCUUUUUCCUGUCAUCAGUGUCUUUUUUUUCUGGACUUCUUUUUGUACUUGUUUAAUGUGUUUUCCUGUUGUUUUGUUCAUUUUCCCCUCUGUCUCUCUGUUACAUUGUAAAGCUGACAUACUUUCACAACAGGUGAUUCUGUUUUUAGUGGACAUUACAUGACUGUUUUCUGGGUUCAGGGUUUUUGUGGGAGGGUUGGGAUGCAAAUGUUUCUACUUUGUAUAAUGAUGGACAAUUGUGUAUUUACUGUCUGUUCAUAGUAGAUUUAUAUAUGAAAAGAAAUGAGUUUAUUACAUAUAUAUAUAUAUACACACACACACACACAAUGAAAUACUAUGAUCUUGUUUUUGAAGUUGGUAUUGAAAAUGUAUACUUUUCAUGGGUCUUACAUACAGUCUGCCCCUUUUAGGGUGUUACUGAAGGCACCAUUUACUGUUCUUGGUUACAGUUGGUUACAUGUUGAGUAGCAUUUUACUGGUUGUCUUUUUCUCUUUCAACACUGAUGACCAUAACAUACCAUAACACUGUUACACUAUGUGUGCCAUUGCCCUCUGCUCGGCCUCACAUAUCCAUGCACAUCAUUUGUACUAUUCCACAUAUUUAAUGUGUGUAGAUGUUAUUGUAGAAAAACACACGUUUUGGCUGGCACCUAUAAUGUUUCAGCAUUUUAAGAAAUGUCAGACUAAAAUUCUAAAUGUGGAUUCUACACAUCUCAAAAAUGACCAAAGUGGUGAUCUUCCUCUUUCUUAAAGGUUUCCAAGUUCACGCUCUUACAACAACGAAAAAUGGGAUGGGUGGAUUUGAAUUGGAACAUGGCCACGCUAUUCCCUUACAUUAAAUCAGUCUGAUGGGCCUCACAAAUGAUUUCACAUGAUCAUCACUUAUUUCCUUAUCUGGCCAAAUGUCCUUAGUUUUCAUUUAAAUUAACAUUCCCUUAAAUUCAUCUAGUUCACAUCUGAAAUCUCGUUCAUCAGCUAAGUGAUGCCCCUGUGUUUCACGGUGGCCUGCAGUUUUAACAAGACUGUCGUGUAUCACAGGUGUUUGAUCCCUGCAGCAGCCCACGGCUUUUUGUCCUCACAGGACACCAAAACUCUAUUCCUGGCUUCUGUACUAGGACAGUUUUUUUUUUUUUUUUUAACUAUCUAUGUCUUACAGAAACAUAUAUAAGAAAAGAUAUCUGAUUACAUUGCCAUAUGCUGAUUGACAUUUUUGAAAAUCUCAAUCAACUUGCAAGCAGUCAAUUUUCUCAUUUUGACUGAAUGUAUCUGACCUCUACUGGCAGAGUGAUGCUGCAUCUCCCUGCAGAAGCACCUCUGUCGUCACAUGUCCCUAAAUCACCUCCAUGCCAUUCUUUUCCAUGGCUUGUGCAGAUAGCCAGAGUGGUCAAAGUUAAGACUGUUUCAUGCUCGUGUCAUCUACCACUUUAUACAUUUACAAGAACAAAGGAAAAUGUGUGGACAUGAAUCAGUGCUUAUAGUAAAUUGUAUGCCAUAAAGUAGGUUUUACCCAAGAGAUAACUGAGGUCCAAGCAUUUGUAGAAGGGCAUUGUUGGGCAUCACAUUUUUAUUUAGUAUGGUUUAAACUCAAAGCCAUGUGUAAGAUAUGUGAUUUUUCUGUACAGUCCCUUUAUAUCAGACACCUACACAAACUCUUUUCUGUACUUUAUUUAAUUUUGGGAAGAUUUGUUUUCAGGACCAUAUUCACAUUAUUGUGGUACUUCAUGCACACAGAGGUAUUUGUGGUUGGAAUAUAAAAAUGCAUACAGUCAGGCUAUCCUGAAUAUCACUUUAACUUGGAUACACUGACACCUCUGUGCAUGUAAACACACUUGAUGAGAUGCUUUUCGGCAACCCAGCCCAGAACAUUCCCAGAACCUUUGCACAGCAGUGCCAGUCUUGGGGUUUCUACUGCUGAAUGCUUUGGUUUCUCAAAAGGAGCCAAAACUAGCACUGUCCGGCUACUCUGGCCGUCUGUCUUCACUGUUAGUCUUAACACAAUGUCCAGUAACAAAAAAAAGCAGAAACAUUCCAUUUUGUUAUAAUUUCCAUUUAUUAGGAGGGGGCAUAUCUUUCUGUUUUAACCCUCAUAGUUCGGUCCAGCCAGGUCCAAGAACUGUCUGUUUAUUUAGGUGGCCUGGUCCGACUCCACUCCAUUCCUCUUUCCUCUCUGCAUGAUCCGUAUGUCCGCAUGCACUGCCUACCUGCCUGUCUGUCUGUCUGUCCCAUACCACAUAUCAGCACAAGGGAUUGAGCACUGAAGGAUGUUAGUACUUGCACUGUAUCCAAACUGUCUUAUCUCUUUUACUGCUUUUUUGUUUCUGCUGGGGAGGAGUUUGGAUGCUUUCCAUGUUGUGCUUUUAGCUGUAGGAUAUGGAAUCAUCAAACCUGGAAGACUUCAGUUGAAUAUUUUACAAAAAAGGAAAAAAAAAAAGUAUCUAGGACUUGUAACACAGACAAUAGAUUUUAUUGUAUUUAUGUAGAAAAGCAAAUUGUUUUAGGGGGAUGCUUUGUAAACUGCAACAACAGAAUGGACAAUUAUUUUUUUUUUUUUAGUACCAGGCGAGAUGUGAGUUUGGUGGACUUUUGGGAGGACAUUUUGUCACAUCUGGACUAAUCAAAGGGCUCCAUCCAGAUGCCUGGUUAUUGUUAUGGUUUUCCAUUUCACUAAAUAAGCCAGUUAUUGCUAUGACCACUGUGGUUCAAAAACAAACAGUUCUAGGUUUACAUAUGUAUAAAUCAAUUAUGUUUUUGAAUUGUUACGGAAAUAGUGCAUUUUUCUCGGGAACCUUUGCUCUAACAUGUUGUCUUUGACAUCUACAAUAUAAAGUAUUGUUUUGGAAAAAC